UGCGUGUCGCUCGCGUGGCUCUGCUCCUCCUCUGAUUGGCUGCCGCUGUCCGGCGGCACGCUUCUCCGUGCGGGGCGCUGCGGCGUCAUUAUGCAGAUGAGGCGGUUGGCACGGGGCCGACCUGCCGCUGGGGGGAAACCUGGGGGGGGCGGUCAUUGUCCGGCCCGGUAUAUAAGCGGGCUGAGGCCGGGCGUGUGCCAAGCUCACGAGCUGAUCCAGAGCAGCAGAGGCGCGUGCCAGCAGUCCUGAUCCAGACUCGGUUCUGCUGGGUCGGAACCAACACUUCCUCAUCCCGCCAGAACCGAACCGAACCCGAGAUGGACUCCGUGUUCUCCGACACCGACACCAGCUGCGACCUGUUCCCGCACACAGACGAUGAGGACAGCAGCGUGCGCGGCGCGUCCCCGCCGCCCGACCAGCCGCAGCAGCAGAAGAAGCGGCGGCGCGGCCGCGGCCGCAGCGACGGCAGCGCGCAGGUGGUGAAGAAGAGUCGGCGGCUGAAAGCCAACGACCGGGAGCGGAACCGGAUGCACAACCUGAACGACGCGCUGGACGCGCUGCGGGGCGUCCUCCCCGCAUUCCCAGAUGAGACCAAACUCACCAAGAUCGAGACUCUGCGCUUUGCGCACAACUACAUCUGGGCUCUGUCCGAAACCAUACGCAUCGCGGACCUGCAGGCGUCCCGCGGCGGGGAUCCGCCCCCGCUGCGACCCGCCCCCAGCCCGGCCAGCGACGGCAGCGCCGGCCGCUGCUGGAGCUCCGGCGGCUCCUCGUCCUCCUCCUCCCCGGCCUACUGCGCCUCCAGCCCGGGCAGCCCCGCCGCGCCGGACGACCUGCUGCCGCGGGACGCGCUGUUCGGCUUCCGUAGCUUCGCUAUGGGCAUCUACUGAGGACACCUGGACACACCUGGAGACAGACCUGUCCCGCAGCGGAACCGCAGUUUGCCUUACUGAACUGGACUGACCUGGAUGAGAAGAACGUUCUUCUUCAUUUAUUUGUGUCUCAGUUUGUGUUUUACUCUAAAUAUCUUUGCACUUUCCCCCCUUAACCCCUCAGCAGUGACCAGGUUCCAGUCAGGUCUCCUCCUCCUCCUCCUCCUCCUCCUCCUC